AUGGAGCCCACCAGCAUCACCCCAACCUCUGUGACCCCCUCGUGGGAUGUGUUUCCCCAGAAGACUCUGGAGCCCAUAGACAUUGCUGUCCUCGUGCUGUACUUCCUGUUCGUCCUUGCAGUUGGUCUGUGGUCCAUGUGGAAGACGCAGCGCAGCACUGUCAAAGGUUACUUCCUCGCCGGGGGACAGAUGGUCUGGUGGCCUGUGGGUGCAUCCCUGUUUGCUAGCAACGUUGGGAGUGGCCACUUCAUCGGCCUGGCUGGGUCUGGAAAAAAAACAGCCUACGAGUGGAACGGGAUGUUCUGUGUCCUGGUGCUGGCCUGGCUCUUCCUCCCCAUUUACAUAGCAUCAGGGGUCACGACCAUGCCAGAGUACUUGAGGAAACGUUUUGGAGGCAAAAGAAUUCAGGUGUUUCUGGCAAUUCUCUACUUGUUCAUCUACAUCUUCACCAAAAUAUCAGUUGAUAUGUAUGCUGGGGCCCUGUUCAUCCAGCAGGCCUUGCACUGGGACCUCUACAUCGCCGUGGCAGGGCUGUUGGCCAUCACUGCUGUCUACACAGUGUCAGGUGGCCUGGCAGCUGUGAUCUACACUGAUGCUCUGCAGACCCUCAUCAUGCUGAUCGGGGCUGUAUCUCUCAUGGUUUUCAGCUUCAUUGAAGUUGGUGGCCUGGAAGGUUUGCAAAGGAAAUACUUUGAUGCCAUUCCCAGUAUCCGCAAGGAGAACAGCAGCUGUGGCCUGCCCAGACCAGAUGCUUUCCAUAUCUUCAGAGACCCUGUGAACUCUGACCUUCCCUGGCCUGGAGUUUUGGUGGGAAUGACCAUCCCAUCCCUGUGGUACUGGUGCACAGACCAGGUCAUCGUUCAGAGGUCUCUCGCUGCCAAAAACCUCUCCCACGCCAAAGGAGGCUCCUUGAUGACCUCCUACUUGAAGAUUUUGCCCCUCUUUAUGAUGGUGAUGCCAGGCAUGAUCAGCCGGGUUCUCUUCCCAGAUCUGGUGGCUUGUGCAGAUCCAGAAAUCUGCCAGAAAAUCUGUGGCAACCCAUCUGGCUGCUCUGACAUUGCCUACCCCAAGCUGGUGCUGGAGCUGCUGCCUGUAGGACUCAGGGGCCUGAUGAUGUCAGUGAUGAUAGCAGCUCUCAUGUCCUCCCUGACUUCCAUCUUUAAUAGUGCCAGCACCAUUUUCACCAUGGACCUCUGGAAACACUUCCGUCCUCGUUGCUCGGAGUGGGAACUGAUGAUCGUUGGCAGGGUCUUUGUGCUGCUGCUCACUGUGAUCUCCAUCCUGUGGAUCCCACUGGUGCAGGCUGGCCAGGGUGGGCAGCUCUUCAUUUACAUCCAGUCCAUCAGCUCCUACCUGCAGCCACCUGUGGCCAUGGUGUUUAUCCUGGGCUGCUUCUGGAAAAGGGCAAAUGAAAAGGGCGCGUUCUGGGGCCUGGUGCUUGGGCUGCUGCUGGGCAUCGUCCGCCUGGUGCUGGACUUCAUCUACCCCGAGCCGCAGUGCGGCCAGGCCGACCUCCGGCCCGGCGUCCUCAAGUACAUGCACUACCUCUACUUCUCCAUGGUGCUGGCAGCUGUCUCCACCCUGACCAUGUUGGUCGUCAGUGUCCUCACUGAGCCUCCCUCCCCGGACAUGAUAAGCCGACUCACCUGGUUCACACGUGGGGACCCUCCGGCCAAGCAGGACGAGACAGUCAGUCCCUGCCCUGCCACGGCCAAGGGAGCGAGUGAAGCUGAGCACCCUGCUCUGCACCUCGACCUCAGCACUGCCCCUGACAGCAGUGCUGAUGGCAACAAAUGUAAGUCUGAGGCCAAAGGGAGCUCGAAGCUGCUGAGCACCUUGCUGUGGCUCUGUGGGAUGGAGAGCAGGCAGGAGAGCACCGAGAGCACAGCGCCAGCCAAACCUGAGCCCCUGCCCUUGGCUUCCCUGGAGGAGAAACCACUGGUGAAACAUGUCCUCAACAUCAACCUGCUGAUAUGUGUGUGUGCUGGUGUCUUCCUCUGGGCAUACUUUGCAUAG